CUCAGAGAGAGAGAGAGAGAGAAGAGAAGAACAGAGGAACACAGACACAACACCAGCUGCUAAGGAAAGAAAAUACUUUGUUCGAGAACUGAACCCCUCGCUGCAGAGAUCUUCUCUUUAUAUGCUUCUCUUUUGUGGAAAAAAAUUGUUGGGUGGUUAAAGGUUGAGAAGUUUCUAGAUUGACCGGACUUUGGUUCAUGUAAAUUCUGAAAGGGUUUGUUGUUGUUUGCUUGGAAACACAGAAUUUGUCACACUUCAGUUGGUAAUGGUUCAACCACUCAUGAAAGAUUGAUUCAUGGAUCCUGAAGGCAAAAAGUUUGGAGGAGGACCAAGGGAGUUGACAGGUGCUGUGGAUCUUAUAAGUCAUUUCAAAUUACUACCCCACUAUGAGUUUUUCUGCAAGAGGCCUCUUCCCGUUUCAAUUGCAGACACACACUAUCUUCACAAUGUUGUUGGAGACACAGAAAUAAGAAAAGGAGACGGAAUGCAAUUGGAUCAACUUAUUCAGAAUACAUCUUUCUCCAGAGAUACAAGUGCCCGUAUACAGCCUUUUGACCUAGAUGUUCUUAAGGAGGCUUUUCAAUUAAGAGAAACAGCUCCCAUUGAUUUACCAGCUGCAGAGAAAGGGAUUCCAACUAUUGCGGGGAAAUCAAAAGGUGAGUAUAAAGACAAGGAAAAGAAGCAUAAAAAGCACAAAGAUAGGGAUAAGGACAAGGACAAGGAGCACAAGAAGCACAAGCAUCGUCAUAAAGACCGAAGCAAAGACAAAGACAAGGACAAGGACAAAAAGAAAGAUAAAAGCGGGCAUCGAGAUUCCAGUGCUGAUCACUCAAAGAAACAUCAUGAAAAGAAAAGGAAGCAUGACGGAGAUGACGAUGUUAAUGAUAUGCACAAACACAAAAAGAGUAAGCAUAAGAGCUCAAAAAUUGAUGAAUUGGGAGCAAUUAAGGUUGCAGGCUAAAAUGAUUUCAUAGUUUAGUUCACUUCUUUUCCUCAAUUGGUUAUUGUCAUUUGUCAAAGUUUGGAGGAGUUUUUCACUUGACAUUAUCAGAGUUCUUGAGGGUAGCUAGUGGUCUGACUAGAUAUUAUCAUGACGGUGAAUUCACCUGAUGAAGGAAAAGUAUGCAGGUAAAAUUUGCUGGAGACAAACUUUUUCCUUUUGUAUAAUAACAAUUAUCUUAUAUAGUAGACAGUAAUUUGCAAAACUUUGAUCUUCCUUUUCCCAGUUUUUUGGCGCUCUGGAUAUCUCAACAUGUAUGCAUUUCUUUGAUUUAAAAAAAAAAAAAUAUUUUGUAGUGUUAUAAAUUAAUGAAUAGUUUAAACUAGAGCUAAUGGCUUCUUGUUUAGGAUAACUGAAUUAACUAUAGGGGGUUAUGAAUAUUGAUUGCAUUCCCCUAUGUCAUGUAUCUAACAGUUGAAGGCCCGCGUAUUGAAUGUAUGUCUUAACCUCGAGCAAAUCCAAUAUUGUUUAUGUUGAUCAGUACAGUUAUACUUGAUAAUCACUGUACAAGGGUCAUGAAUUACCUUUUUGAAUAUAUUGGAAGUUGCCUCUAACAAGUUGCUAGUGUUAACUUCUUAUUAUCUAUGGUUUCUUAGAGUGUGUCUCUAGAUUCAUGUUAGUGUCUUGUGCCAAAGUAACAUUUUAGUACUACAAGAGAUUAUGUACUCAUCACAGGUUGUGAAUUCAGUGAUGUUUUUAGCUGAUCGUUGAUCAUUUUUUAUAACCUCUCGGGUAUUUUUUAAGAAAUUGAUUUAAAUAUACUUUUAUACUGUCAUCCAAUCAUAGAUUGUUAUAUUAGUAGUGUAAAUUUGUUUACACUGAUAACGUAUCAAAAUUAAUUUUUUUUCUUUAAAUGGUUCUGUUAUGGAUAUUGCAUAUCAUUAUUUUCAUCUAUUCUACAUACACGCAUUCUAAAAAUACACUCCAAAUACCUACGAAGCCCUCCCAUGUUAGUGGUCCAAACAUUUUCCAUGUUAAAAUGUACUCUUAUGAGCUUAUUUCCAAACUAUUUUUCAAUUAGGAACCAGUUUUGCCAAGGUUAAUGCCAAAGUGAGCUUGAAAAACAAAGGGGUGUAUAUAUAUAUAUAAACAAACGAAUAUUGAGUAUUAGGAUUGAGAGCGGUGCAUAUAUCAGUCUCGUGAUGGCGUAUCUACAUUUAGUUAAUUUCUAAAGUAUAAAUAGAACUGCACCAUAGCGUUAUUUCAAAACAAAGUUUCGUUGGUGCUAAGAACCCAAAGAUCAAGAGGCUAGCGAGGGAAGCCCAACUAUAUCGAAGCCUACACAGGGAGUACAGGCCCGAGUCAGUGUAUAUUACCAUUUUUCUAUUAUUUGCUCAACGAUACGUAAUAAGAAUUUAUAUAUAAUAAUUUUUUACUAAAUUAUUAUUUAUUGAUUAUUUUAAAGCACACGUUAAAAGGUCCUACAAAACCAUCUUUCUUGAGCCUUUGGGAACAUCAAUUGGAUUACCUAUUGAAUUCAACCUCAGUGGCCCGCAAACUAACCCAAAUAACUGAGAAUUCCUCUCGCGUAUUCCUGGCACUCUUCACAAGGCAUAGUCCACGAAAUUCGCAUCUUUGGUUAAUUUAUUUUCUGAUAUUACAAAAAAAGCUCAUUUAGUUCUUAAUUUUAAUUAUUAUCAAUCAAUUUAAUCUUUAAAAUUGACACAGUAUGUCUACUUAGUCUUUAACCCCGUCGAAUCAGUUAAUUUAAUCUUUAACAUCAGAAAAUAAAUUGGUUGAUAGAGAAUACAUUAAUUGACUGAAAUUAAAGAAGUAAAUAAAAUUUUCAUAAUAUCAAGAAUUAGAGUAUAGUUGUCUAAUUUUAAAGAUUAUUUUUUUUCCAUAAUGUCAAAGACUAACUAAUGAUUAUGGAUUGUUCUUAAAACUUGGUUGCUUUUAAACCUAUGAUUAUAAAUGUAUUAAUCAAAAGCUUAUACGUUGUUACUGUUGUACUCUUUUUGUAACUUCUAUCAUGCUACUUAGUGUAUGUUUAAAAGCACAUUAAAAAUCCGUGGAUAUUGAAUAAGGGUCCAUGGAUAUUCUGACAUGAAUCUAAACAUGCACUUAAUAAACCAACUUGAAAUUCAAAAUACGAGACCCAAAGCUUCAUGCUGUAUUUUGUCAAAAUAUUUGACUUAUAGGUUUACCAAACAUACUUUAUUGGUUUUAGAAAUGUGAAGGUCACAACGGGAGAAUUGGCUUUGAAAUGUAAUUACAUUCGGUUUGCCAAGUCCAAAAGGCUUGGUUGGGGAAUUCCCAAAGCUACAAAAACAUUGCUCGUGAUAUUAGCACUAGGCAUCAUAAUUUUAUAGGGGUGGGGUUGGGGUAGGGGUCUUACAUUAGGCAUAAUAAUUUCACAGGUUAGCAACGUUCAUCAUAAUCCAAACGACUUUAAUAGUGAAUUGCUUAGCAAGUAACGUGGUGAAGAUUUUGCACCAUAUGUAAAAGAAUUGGUUGUUGUGAACUUAUGAUGAGUUUGAAUAAUUCAAAUAAGUAUCAAAAGUGCUUGCGAUUUUAUACAAAUCUAGAGGGCACUCUUUUUUAAAAAGUACAUGCUUUUUUGUGCAUUUAAUAGUGUAUUAUUAAUUUUAAUACAAAUUAUAUUGAGAUCCUUUUGUCACCAACUUACAUUCUUGUAAAUUCACUCCAAAUCCAACCUUUCUUAAUUGAGAUUGCCCACACUCAUAUUGUUAAAGCUACCCUUUUGAGUGGUAUUGGCACUUGCCUUUGCAUGUGGCCACUAGAGUAUUUUGGGUUAUAGAAUAUUCGGUUGAUUAUGUGCUUUUGGAUGUUUGAGGCCUCUACACUACAACCUUCGCUUUUCUUCUCCUUUACCAAAAAGUUUUGAUAACAUUGAAUAAAUUUUCUGCCCCAUGUCAUUUUACCUGUUGUAAGGGUCAUUUCCACUGGUUUAAUGUAUUUCGGUUUUAAAAUAAGAUAAUUUGAUCAGUUGUGUAGAUUUUAAUUUUACUCUUUCUUACUACAUUGAUAUGGAAUUUUCUAAUUUAAUGACAAUGGUAAAACAAAUUGUACACAAAUAAUAUAUAUUAUAUUUAAACGUUUAUGCUAAAUUGAAUAUAGUUACAACCUUCCAAACCUAUUUCUCAAACCUUAUAAGUUCUUCACAUGAUAAUCAUGCAUAAGCAUUAGUUAGAUAUAAAGCAGAAUAUAAAUUAGUUUGAACUUUUAGCUGCUUUUGUCAUUUUUUUUAAAAAUUAGCUUUAUACUGUGAAUAUUAAUUUUUGCCUCCUCCCCAA